UAUGAACCGCGGAAGCCAUGGAAUCAGGAUCUGACAGCGAUGAAUCCUUUUUCACCAUAACCAGGAGCAAAAUCAGGCGAAAUUUUGACCUCCCAUUUUAGUUCCGGCCUAUAAAAUUGGGCGUCCUCUCUUCUUGCAUCCCUCACUCGUUUCCUAUCUUCAGCAUCCUCCCCCUUCUCCCUAAUCACAGUUCGCCUGCCGCAAUGGAGAAUGGUGACGGCCGGGAGACUCACCCCGGCGAGGAUCGCGGGAUUGAGAUGUCGGAUCAGAGCCAGAUGACCCAUCGAAGAGGGAAGAAAGAAGAGAACAGCGCGUUUGAGACUGCAAAAUCUGCAGCCGCAAAUCAGGAGGAGGAUGAUAUGAUGUCUAUCGAAAAGGUGUUUGAAGGGAAGAGGGUUCCACCAUGGAGAGAGCAGCUUACGUUUCGUGCGAUGGUUGUGAGCUUCCUCCUCUCCAUCAUGUUCAGUAUCAUUGUGAUGAAGCUCAAUCUCACCACCGGUAUCAUCCCUUCCCUUAACGUCUCCGCUGGCCUCCUCGGAUUCUUCUUCGUCAAGACGUGGACGAAGGUCCUUGAGAAAUCCGGUCUCCUUCAGCAUGCUUUCACCCGACAGGAGAAUACUGUGAUCCAGACAUGCGUCGUUGCCGCUUAUGGAAUUGCAUUCAGCGGUGGUUUUGGAAGUUAUCUUUUUGCAAUGAGUUCAAGGACGGCAAAACAAUCAAGCGAAGAAAACAGUUCGCAGGACACCAAGGAUCCGCAGUUAGGAUGGAUGAUUGGAUUUCUCUUUCUUGUCAGCUUUAUUGGACUCUUUUCUCUUGUUCCCCUUAGAAAGGUCAUGAUCAUAGACUACAAAUUGAGCUAUCCAAGUGGCACUGCAACUGCUCACCUUAUCAAUGGUUUCCACACUCCCCAAGGAGCUAAGUUAGCGAAGAAACAAGUGAAGACACUGGGCAAAUUCUUUGUGGGGAGUUUCUUAUGGGGGUUCUUCCAGUGGUUUUACACCGCUGGUGAUAACUGCGGGUUUGUCAGCUUCCCAACAUUAGGCCUUGAAGCUUAUAAGAACAGGUUCUAUUUUGACUUUUCUGCAACUUAUGUUGGUGUCGGAAUGAUUUGCCCUUAUCUUGUCAAUAUAUCUGUCCUUUUGGGAGGUAUUCUCUCAUGGGGUAUCAUGUGGCCACUUAUUGGAAAUAGAAAGGGCAGUUGGUAUUCAGCAGCUCUCCCACCCUCCAACCUUCAUGGUCUGCAGGGCUACAGGGUAUUUAUAUCAAUUGCAAUGAUUCUUGGCGACGGUCUCUACAAUUUUGUCAAGGUUUUAACCAAGACAAUACCUGCUAUUAUUUCUCAUGCACAGAGCAAGAAUAUGGCCAGCACGCUGCCUUACACUGAAAAUGAUAAUGCUGCUACCGAUAGUAUGAUAUCCUAUGAUGAUCAACGGCGUGUUGAGCUUUUCCUUAAGGAUCAAAUACCUAAAAAGGUUGCCUUUGUUGGUUAUCUUCUAGUUGCUGCUAUCUCCAUUGCCACAGUACCUCAUAUAUUCCCUCAGCUCAAAUGGUACCAUAUCUUGGUCACAUAUACAUUUGCCCCGGUGCUUGCCUUCUGCAAUGCUUAUGGCUGUGGCCUCACAGAUUGGUCCCUAGCAUCUACCUAUGGAAAGCUGGCCAUCUUCAUCUUUGGUGCUUGGGUUGGCUCUGCCCAUGGAGGAGUGCUUGCAGGUCUUGCAGCAUGUGGUGUCAUGAUGAACAUUGUGUCCACUGCUUCUGAUCUGAUGCAGGACUUUAAGACUGGUUAUCUCACUCUUGCCUCCCCAAGGUCCAUGUUUAUCAGCCAGGUUAUUGGAACUGCUAUGGGCUGUGUUAUUGGACCUUGUGUCUUUUGGCUUUUUUACAAGGCCUUCAAAGAUCUUGGCGUGCCAGGAUCUGAAUACCCAGCACCUUAUGCACUGGUUUACCGUAACAUGGCAAUACUUGGUGUUGAUGGCUUCUCAUCACUGCCAAAGCAUUGCCUCACCCUCUGUUAUAUCUUCUUUGCCGGUGCUAUCCUCAUCAACCUCUUAAGAGAUGUAGUUGGGAAGAAGUGGGCAAAAUACAUUCCAUUACCUAUGGCUAUGGCUAUACCAUUUUAUCUUGGACCAUAUUUUGCCAUUGAUAUGUGCAUGGGAAGCCUUAUACUGUUCAUCUGGGAAAGAUUAGACAAGCCGAAAGCUGAUAAGUUUGCCUCGGCUGUGGCAUCUGGUCUGAUUUGUGGAGAUGGAAUAUGGACUUUGCCACAAUCUAUUCUUGCACUGGCUAAGGUGCAGCCGCCCAUAUGCAUGAAGUUCUUAUCAAGGACAACAAAUGACAAGGUCGAUGCCUUCAUUGAGACAUUGUCUUAGUUUUUGUUCUUUGACCUCGCAAGUUCAUAAACUGAGAGUAGAAGAAAUCUUUGUUUAUGGUAAGGCUUUCAUGUGAAAGGAUAUUCUCUGCGCUAUGCCCUAUUAGCUCAUUUUCAUUAAAAGGCCUCUUAUUGUGUGGAUGUCUAACUGUCCUUGAGGGUUUAGUUGUAAAUGCUAUUUCUGAUAAAGUGCAUGAUAAUACUGUUCCUUGUAAAGUGGAAGGUUGACUCCAGUUGAAGUGUCUUUUUAGUAAUUAAAUGCAUGGUUUAUGUAUUAUUAUUGCAUUCUGUGUAUGGUAAUUCGGCAUGUUUAAGAAAAAAAUA